AUGGACGGUAAGGAAAACAAGAGCAAGGAUAAAAUGGUGUUCGUAAAGGGUCCGGGCCUUUACUCUGACAUUGGCAAGAAAGCCAGAGGCAAGUUUUUCCUUUUAUCGGUUUCAUUUUGCGAUUCAAAUUGUGGCAAUAAUCGUUUAUUUGUUGAGUUGUGGGUUUCAGAUCUUCUUUACAGGGAUUAUCAGGGUGACCAGAAGUUUACUCUCACUACAUACACCGCAAAUGGGGUGGCCAUCACUUCAUCUGGGUCCAAGAAGGGCGAACUUUUUCUUGCUGAUGUUAACACCCAGCUGAAGAACAAGAACAUGACAACUGAUGUGAAAGUGGACACUAACUCCAACGUGGAGCUUCAGUAUCUGCAUGAGUAUGCUGGUAUAAGCACCAGCCUCGGGCUGACUGCAAAGCCCAUUGUCAACUUUUCUGGAGUUGCUGGUAAUCAGAAUGCAGCUUUUGGGACCGAUAUCUCAUUUGACACAGCCACCGGGAAUUUUACCAAAUACAAUGCUGGAAUCAGUUUUACCAAUGCCGACCUAAUUGCAUCCUUGACACUGAAUGACAAGGGCGAAACCGUAAACGCAUCCUACUUCCACACGGUGAGCCCAUUGUCCAACACAGCAGUUGGUGCGGAGUUCACCCACAGCUUUGCUACCAAUGAAAACACCCUCACCAUUGGGACCCAGCACAUGCUCGACCCCCUCACCUCAGUCAAAGCUCGUGUUGACAACUAUGGGAAAGCGAGUGCUCUCAUACAGCACGAGUGGCGCCCCAAGUCUCUGGUCACUAUUUCGGGCGAGGUGGACACCAGGGCCAUUGAGAAAAGUGCCAAGAUUGGACUUGCUGUCGCAAUUAAGCCGUAAGGUCAACGAGAAAAAAAUUAUCACGUAAAAGGUUUAACAUUUAUUUUUUCUUUCUGUUUGUUUCUUUGAGACUGAGGAGAAAGAAAUAAAGACGAUCCUGUUCAUUCUAUGGGGAUGCCUGGAUAAUCAUACUGGAAUCUGACUUGUGGUGUCGAAUUUCUUGAAUGUGGAUGGCUUUGGGGCUAGGGACUUGAGCUGAUUUUUGUUUUUAAACUCGGAUCAGGGGUUUGUUCGGUUGCUCUAAGUAUCUCUGUCCUGUUUUGGAUGUCUGAUUGGGAUCUUAUUGUUGCUUUUUGAUGGUUACCCCGUAGAAUCGAUAUUCAGUCCUUUAAAUUUGAGGGAUUGACAUAAUUGGUUUUAUUAGUGUCAUUAAUGGUAAUCGGUUUUUCUAUGGAGCCAUUCAAUUGUUUUUUCAUA